AUGGCCCAGCCUACCCCAAUUCGAAUCCUCAUUACCCUCGCCACAGGGACCCAAUCCUCCUCCCUAAUCCGCGCCCUCUCCCGACACGCUCUCACCACCCACACCCCAAUCACAAUCCACGCCACCACCCGCACCCCAUCCUCCCAACUCGCCCAAGACCUCCAAUCCACCAACACCAACGCCUUCACCACCAUCCACCUCUUCCAAACCGACCUCUCCGACCCCGUCACCCUCAUCGCCCCCACAACGAACGUCACCCACGCAUUUCUAAACGUCACACCCGUCCUCACCGACGUCACACUGGAGGCCAAGCAUGCGAAGAACGUCCUCGCGGCGCUAGCAGCCCACGCCAGCUCAACCCUGCAGCGGAUAGUAUACACAUCCGCCUCCUCGGUACGCGACCCCGCUGUGCCGGGGAAUUACAACGGCCUCGACCAGCAUCCGUGGAUGAAAGCUUAUUACGAGUCGAAAUUCGGGAUUGAGGAGGCGGUGAUUGACCUCGCUACGAAUACUCUAGCGGGAAAGGGGGUGGACUGGACGGUGCUGCAGCCGGGGACCUUCUUGAGUAAUUUGCUCCCACCCGUGUCGAAGUUCAUGUAUCCGGGUAUCGCAAAGAAGGAUGGGGCGGAGGAGGAGCGGCAUGUUGUGACGACGGCGCUCGUGCCGGAUUUUAAGAGUGAUUGGGUUGAUCCGGAGUGUAUUGGGUCUUUCGCACUCAACGCGCUGUUGUUGCCGGACGGGGACGAGCGGUAUGGGGAGUAUUAUAGGGGGAAGAGGGUGAAGAUUGCGGCUUGGCCGUUGACCAUGAGAGAAGUGGUGCAGUCGCUGAACGAAUACCUGGCUAGUGAAGCGCGCCCAGAAGGGGUGCCAGAGGGGACGAAGGUGAAGGUGCGGAAUUUGAGUAAGGAGGAAGUGGAGCGGGAGGUCGAGAAGGGGGAUGUGCUGACAGCGAGUCGGCUGUUCCAGAAUGAGAAUCGGGGUGUGUUUGGUGGGGAGUGGAUGGAGGGGAUUGGGGAGAGGUAUGGGGUUGAGAUGGGCAAUUUGGAGAGGUUUUGGCUUAGGGAGGGAAGAGCGGGGAGGGUUGCGGAGGGGUUGGGGUACUGA